AUGGAGGACGCUCACCAGCUCAGGUCUCUCCUUCAGCUCCAGCUUGCCUCUGACCCGUCUGCUGUCCUCCAUCUCCCAUAUGUGCUCGAGACAAUUACUCCGGAGCACUUCCUUCCUUCUCCCCACACUCAGAAAUGGACCACUCGCGUCAACUCGCUACUUCAUUCCAAGGACGCGGGAGCACGCUGGAGCGGACUAUGCCUGGCUCUCAGGACCUCAAUGUACUCUAAGAGUCUUAUGAUGGAAUGCGCACAAGGUUGGGUUGGCGUUGCACUACCUCUGCUCUCAAAAGAUGAACCUGUGCCUAUUUUAAAGGCGGCUAUAAGGCUUCUCAGACAUAUAUUCUCCAGUGCUCUGGAUGUCGCCGAGUUUCAACGCCUACUUUGUACGCCCAAUGUGCCAAAGGCCAGUGCCGCCUUGAUUUCGAUUGCAGAAAAGCACAGAGAGCAAGAGCUCAAGACUUUGGCCUUUGCUACACUCACUCACCUUGUUUCGCUCUAUCCGACACUGCACCGCAGUCUGCAGACAUCCUUGACAUCCCUUUCACUAAAAUAUCUCAACGGCUCGUCCCCAAGACCCAUGCCUAUUCCGCUGGCGAAUUCUGCUUCACGAUUGUACUCCGUCUUGCACGUCACAGGAGGAAAAGUCGGUGCAGGCAAUCUGUGGCGCAAAUCACUUGACGAGACAUUAGCGUUCGCAUGGGGUGCCUUCUGGCAUUUGACAAGAACGCACCCAUCGCCCGACCGUAAAGCCCCUGUACAGCAACCUGCAGGAUCAACAGACGAUCCGCUCGUCUCGAUACCUCUCAGCCUUGAUCGGUUACGUGCCGCAAUAAACAUAAUAUGUGAUCACUUAUGCGCCUUGACGUCCCGGCCCGUGCAGGUCCCAGUGGGUCCCCUUGUUCAGCUAUGCCUAGCUAUGCUGCGCUGCAUCCCAGAUGAAAAGAUUGAAGGACACAUCGACUCGACUAUGCGUGCUAUGGAAAUGUCCGUCAUCCCUAAAAUAUGGUCAUUAGGAUGUACCCUUCUUCAGAACUUAUCAAAAAGCGUGCGCCUUCAUAUUACGCCGCACGUCCCCCAACUUGCAUCGCAUGUUGCGUAUCACCUCGAGCAGCAGCGCGCACCGUUGCAGCGUCUCCCAUUCCUCCGUGCGAUAGCGUCGUUGCUACAAUACUGUCCCUACUUGCAUGACAUGACCCUCUCCUCGCGCUUGGCACGAGCCGUCCUGCCAUCGUUAACCGUGCUCUUGACAACACAAUCGCAGACGCAAAUGGAUGCGGAUCCCGCGUCAGCGAAGGGCAAGAAUAAAAGAAGCAGGAAGAGAGCCCGUGGGUAUGAAGGGGAUGAGGUCUUCAAAAAUAAUGCAGAAAUCAUGUGUCCGACAGUGGAGACUGGGGAGGUCCUACUGGCUGCAUUGGACGCCCUGAAAUCGCUGCUGCGGAACGCGCAGCUAACCCCUGCUAUCCAUUCGAUCGCUGCCCGCGUCCUUCUGUCCAUCCACCUAUCCUUGCCGUUGAUCCAGCCUGGAGUAGUUUCACCCGAUGCAUCGCUACAUGGAAGGCUGUCCACGCGGGUACGCGAUGUCUGCGCCGAGAUUGCCACCGGAACAAGUAGCACUAUGAGCAAAAGCCUCCCGCUGAUCAUCGGCACUAUGGGCCCCUCGAAUCUCAAUGCGUCUAGCACAGACGUCGCGCGUGGCGUCGAUUUGCUCCUGCACCCACGCGUACCACCGCUAGUGCGGCCACUCCCGCAUGUAGAGACGCUCGCGUUGUUCCGCGAAGAAGAGGGCGACGAAGAGGCUAUGACACGCGGGUCAAUGGGCGUGCGCACCCUAUAUGACAGCUUGCCGGCACCAGAGGCACUGGAUCCCGCGAAUGCAGGAUCCGCCGCGCUGACAUCCACGCCCGUCGAUAGGAGUCAUCCUGCCGAAUUUACAUCUGCGAACGUGUCGGCGCCUGCAGUGUCAUCCUUCCCGAUGUCAUCGACCCAGCACCCAGGGUACGGCGCCGAAGCAAAUCCGAUCUCAUCAGCCCCAGCAGACAGCGUUCCUGCUGUCGCACAGGCUUCGGAAACCACCGUCUCGGGCCAUCGCGUCGAGAAGUUGCCAGUGUCCUCGUUGCUGCAGGCUAAUGUACCCCCACCCAUGCCAGUAUCCGUAAGUGGUACGUCUCAGCACCCAACGCCCACCUCGAGAUCGGUGGUUUCAGCCCCUUCCGCACCGACAUCAUCAUCGGCUCCCGCCCGCCCGUCGAUAAGACCCACGCCUUUGGACCAGGACGAUGAAGACGAGCCCAUGCCUACAAUAGAUAUGGACUCCGAUUCUGACGGAUAA